UUGGGGAAGAGAAGAGAUAAAUUUCUGUUUGUGCAGCAAGGGCGGUCCAAAAGGAGUAAUUUUUGCCCGGAAGAGUCUAUCUAUUGAGCAAGGUUUUUGAGUCGCCGACUAAUCGCCAAGUCGUUGGAGCGAGGUUGGCUUGCGUAGGCGACUUGGCUUGAGGAGCGAGUCGCGCGGCUGGUAGGCUAGUCGACGAUUAGUCGACGACUAGUCGGGCGACUAGGACCUCAGAGCAGGGCGGCUUGCUUCAGCAAGGCCAAGGGAGGGAAGACUGGGGAGGUGAGCAGGCCAGAGUUCGAGGGAGGGGAGGAGGAGACGAAGCUGGAGAGUGCGCCGCCUGUACGAGGAGAAGCACGGAAGAGACGAAGGAGAAAGGCACAUGGGAGAGCAGAUGCACGGUCCAGAUUAGAGCAUAUGGACGGUUGGGAUUUUAUUUGGAAGCUAGGGUUGCAUAAUGGGCCUAUUGGGCCAGCUCUCUAGCACGAAACAGAGGAGGAGCAAGCCGCGUGCUCCCAUCCCACAUCAGAAUCGCCGCCUCCAUUGCUCCUACGAGCUGCUCCUGCCUUCUCCGAGCCGAAGUAUCCUCCAAGCAGCUGCCUUCCCUCUCCUCCGCCUGCAACAGCACCUCUUCCCCCUCCUCCUCCUCUUCCCCCUCCUCCUCCUCUUAACAUCUGGGGUGACUUGGGGCGAUUAAUCACAACGAGUCGCAGACUAAUCGCAGCGAGCCACUAGUCGGAGGCAUGGCGACUCGACUUGGCUAGGCGACUCAAAAACCUUGCUAUUGAGAAGUUGUAAUCAGGAUCCUCCCCCCUCUCCUCUAAUAUCUCCUCCCUUCUCGACGACAGCCGGCCUCAUUAAAUAAAGAACAUAAGAUCAAUGACAUAGGACUUAAAUGUGCAAAUACUUAUAACACAUCUAGAUGUGCUUUAGCAAAACUGUUAAAUAUAGGAGUUGGAGGAGUAGGAAAUUUUAUUUUCGCCGGCGAUUAGUCUGAUUUCUUGUGCUGGCCUAAAUAAACAGAGGAGCAGGGGGGAUUCGAGUAUGGGCAGAUCAGGCAUCUGCUACUUGUCGCAGUUCAAAUAAGGUCGAUCCAAAUAGUGCAUGCAUCAAGCUGUUGAUCUAACCAGCCAUGACCAAGAAAAGACGUCACCGCAGACACAAUGUAAAUGCAACACAAAAACAACUCUCAGCAAACAAACUGCCGGCAGCGAAGGAGUCAGAGACAGGCUCAACAAGCUGCCUAAUGACCUUCUGCUCAACAUUCUGGAGAGGGUCGACACGCUUGAUGCAAUAAGGGCCUGCCUCCUCUCGAAACGAAUGAUGCACCUUUGUACCAAGCUCUCACGCUUCUUCCUAAGCUGUAGUUCCAUUCCAGGUCACCAUGUUAGAGCUCAUGUUUUCGACCCCAGUGAAUUUUUCAGAGCCAACAGUGCUGUAGCUCAUGUAACGGAUAACAUCUUGAGCACAAGGAGCCCGGAGAUCACCAUUAGCAAACUCAAAAUCAGAUUCAUCUUGACGCAACCUGAUUGUUACACAAUUGGCAAAUCCGGCGCCCGCGCCAUGACAACACACAAGGUUGGUGCAGCUGAGUUUGAGAUCAUAACAGAGAAAAUUCACAAGUGUUCUCCUGCCGAGCUCCUCGACCAUGCGAAGCAGUUCAAUGAUUUUUUUAGUGCUUGUCCGGAUGCAUUUGAUGGCCUCAAGCGCCUGUGGCUGUGCAAUAUGAGGUUUGGUGAGUCGGACAUACCCAACAUCCUCAGCACCUGCAAGCUCUUGGAGUCUUUGCAUUUAACCAAUUGCGACUCGGGGAUGAAUUCUGUGCUGCAACUAGAACAUGCUAAACUUACUGAGCUCGAGGUCGACUUUGGGAAAUUUGAGAUAGUUGAGCUGACAUGCCUACCAAAACUCCAACGGGUGAGCUAUAAGGGCUGGUUACUCUCAUAAAGGUCCCCUGUAUUUUGGUUUUGUACCACAACUUUCAAAGCAGAGGCUAACUAAAAUUGGCACCCGACCAACUAGGACUCUUGAGUUAAGUCAGCUCCUUGCUAAUGUUCCUUACAUAGACAACCUACAUCUGGAUUUUCAAAGUGAAAAGGUACUAAUUAUUAGUCAUUGGAAUGAUACCUGUCC